AUGUUUGUUUUCCAGAGAGAGGAUCUACCCAGCGAUCCUGUGUUUCCUGCAAACCUGAAGCAACUCGGAUAUUUCAUCAAUGAUCAGGAUGAAAUACGUAUGAUCUCGAGCCCGGAGGAGAGAUUUCUCUACAAAAUCAACGCCAAUGAGCGUUAUAAUGAGCUUCAAAAAGAGGCGAUGAACACAUGCAUUCGAAACAUCGUGACCUCUCGUCUGCACGACCAAGGGUUAGAGGCUCUGCGACUGCCCAUCGGUGCCAAACCGAACGAGCAACACGUCCCUAUUUUGGUAUCCCCUACGUUCAAAACAGAUAGACGCAUCAUUGUUGUCUUUGGCGAACCAGUUCAAGAUCUUGGUAUAUGGGCGUACAGAAUCAUUGGCCAUGAGACUAUCAACUCUGGCUCUGCCGUGGACUUCACAACCGCUGUCCUGGGUGAAAAAGAAAACUCUCCCGCGCCAGGUCUCAUUCUGACCAACCCUGGUCAGUUGGUAUGGCACUGUGCAGGUGAGCGAGCUAUCUCGCUGCCUUCCUGGCUCGCGCUGCCUAGGAAACACGCUGUUGAGCCGCCCAUGAAAAUGACUCUUCGAAAUAAGAUACCCGGAAAUGAAACUUGGCAGGAUCAUGUUACGUAUGUCUUUGAUGAAGUGCUGGGUAAACUUGCUCCAGGCGCGAAGAUCGAUGUUAUUGGACUUGCCGAGGGCAGUCUUGCUGCUGUCAGGUACCUGGCUGAACAUUGGUCGACGUGGAAAUCUCGCAUAUCUUCUAUGGCUCUUGGUAACCCGUUGCACGAUACGAACCAUCUGCACCCACCUGAGUUCGCGGAGUUCAUAUCGACUCGUUGCCGCGCUUACAUGAUCUCUGACAAGGAGGUGGAUCAGCCUGUUGAGGGAAGAUAUGAGUAUGGCUGCAACUGCUAUUCGUCUGGAGAGUCGAAGAAUGUUGAAUGUAUCAUCCCUCGAGCCUACGAGAGUAUGUUGAAAUGGCUUGACAAUAUGCAUGACAAGCCAGAACUGAAGGAGACCGAGGUAUUUGUUAGCGAGGAGUUUGGAAUUUCUGGGCCUGGAGAUGAGUUCAAAGACAACGAUGGCAGUGGUGUUGUGGUGGAGCAGCUCAACUAG